AUGGGAGGAGCUGUGAGUGCUGGAGAAGAUAAUGAUGACUUAAUUGAUAACUUAAAAGAAGCUCAGUAUAUCCGCACUGAAAGAGUAGAGCAAGCCUUCAGAGCUAUUGAUCGUGGAGAUUACUAUUUGGAAGGCUACAGAGACAGUGCUUACAAAGACUUGGCCUGGAAGCAUGGAAACAUCCACUUGUCUGCACCUUGCAUUUAUUCUGAAGUUAUGGAAGCAUUGAAACUUCAACCAGGAUUGUCUUUUCUUAACCUAGGAAGUGGAACCGGAUAUUUAAGUACAAUGGUGGGCUUAAUUUUAGGUCCUUUUGGAAUAAAUCAUGGGAUUGAGCUUCAUUCAGAUGUGGUGGAAUAUGCCAAGGAAAAGCUGGAGAGCUUCAUCAAAAAUAGUGAUAGCUUUGAUAAAUUUGAGUUCUGUGAACCUGCAUUUGUGGUUGGCAAUUGCCUCCAGAUAGCAUCUGACAGUCACCAAUAUGAUCGAAUCUAUUGUGGAGCUGGAGUUCAGAAAGACCAUGAAAAUUACAUGAAAAUAUUACUAAAAGUUGGUGGCAUUCUAGUCAUGCCUAUAGAGGAUCAGUUAACACAAAUUAUGCGAACCGGACAAAACACCUGGGAAAGUAAAAACAUUCUUGCCGUUUCAUUUGCUCCACUUGUUCAGCCAAGUAAGAAUGAUAAUGGCAAGCCAGAUUCAGUGGGACUCCCCCCAUGUGCUGUCAGGAAUCUACAGGACUUGGCUCGCAUUUACAUCCGCCGUACACUUAGAAAUUUCAUCAAUGACGAAAUGCAAGCCAAAGGGCUUCCUCCCAGGGCUCCCCGGAAAAGGAAGAGAAAGAGAGUGAAACGGAGAAUUAACACGUAUGUGUUUGUGGGCCAUCAACUCAUUCCUCACCCUCUAGACAGUGAGGAGGAUGAAGAAAUGGAAGAAGAUAGCAAAGAAGAGGAGGAGAGAGAUCACAGUGAAGCCAUGAAGCCAGAAGAGCCUCCUCAAAAUCUGCUGAGAGAAAAGAUCAUGAAGUUACCCCUCCCUGAAUCUUUAAAAGCUUACUUGACAUAUUUUAGAGAAAAAUAA